GCAAGCAGCGCAGAACCCGGAUGCUGAUGCUGCUCGUGUCGUGUCGGAUGGGGAGAAGGAAUACAGGCAGAGUGAACGCGAGAAACCAGAGAAAGGCCCCACUGACAGAGGGACUCCUAUCAUCGCGGUCACAAGGCAACCGAAGCGAACGGAUUAAAGCCAGACAGUUUCCAGCGACUGUAACGCAAACUCGACAGAAUGACUCCACGCGCUGUAGCCGAGGCGACGGGAGGAGAGCGCGAGAAGAUGCUGUGAUGUGCACAUAGCCAGCGCGCGCGAGCAGGAGGGAGGGAGGGAGGGGAGAGGAGGCUCCCUACGGUAGUUAAAGAUGCUUGUAUUUUGACCAGCAAUAUGUGCUCCGUACUAAUAAAGCCAGGGAUUUCUGCGCAAACACUGUAGUUUACAAAAGCGCAAUGUGGAACGCGCUCGGUGUAUUAAUUGGCGGAUUCAUGUGACGGAAGUCACCGAGGCUUCCUUUUGCGAAAGGGUGGCUGUUUUCUCCCGAGUAAUUCUCCCGUAUUUCCGGAUGUGAGGCCUGGAAUAUACCGUAGUUUAUAUCAGGCACGUCGGGACGCUCAUCCUUUACAUCCAAACAUUUAUCAAACUAAAACGAAACACUUUGGAGAGUCACUAGCAGAAGAAAGAUUCACUUAAUCUUAGACAUAAUACGUGCAAGGUGUCACAAACCGGAUGUGCGGUUCUUUUCGCAGAAUAGAUGUGGGCAAGUUUUUAAUAAAUACUUGCAGUUUGGCAACAACGGGAGUCUACAUGAAUAUAAUUUUAAAAAUAAGAUACCGGCGAAAACAAACUGAUGACCGAACCAGGCUGCCUAUUAUUCCUGUUAUCUUUACCUGUCUUCUAUAUUCAUAAUCAUUUUAGUAUCAUUCACACCUAUUAUCUGAUGUAGUCAUAUAGUAGCUAGCCCAUCGGCCCAGAUUUAAUCGUGUCCCCUCAUCAUUCAUCCAACAGCAGCCCCAGGCCGUGUAAGUCUCAACAACUGCUGAAGUGUGGGCGGCGUAUUAAUAGGCUCGGCUAAGCAACUCUGUUUAUUUUUGAUAUUUGCGAACGGAAAAUGUAACCGAUCCAUUUCCACGAACUUUAAGGAGACGGCAGAUGUUUGGGAGUAGGCCACGGCACUGACAUCACGUCUCAGCAUCCCUGUGUCAUCGCUCACCGUCUGUGAUGUCUGUACGGCGGAGCUAUUACGUGAGCAGGACAGGCACCGGGGGAUACGUUGUGAAAAUACACUGAUUUAUCCGCUUAUAUUGUGACACAAAAGCUCGGUCGAACGAAAUGUCCGGUAAGGAGUUGUCGGGGAGUCAGGCAGCUCAGUAUGUCGGGCCCUACCGACUGGAGAAGACGCUGGGGAAGGGCCAGACAGGUCUGGUGAAGUUAGGAAUUCAUUGCAUCACAGGACAGAAGGUGGCCAUAAAGAUAGUUAACAGAGAAAAGCUCUCAGAGUCUGUUCUUAUGAAAGUGGAGAGAGAGAUAGCUAUUCUUAAACUAAUAGAGCACCCUCAUGUCCUAAAACUGCAUGAUGUGUACGAGAAUAACAAAUAUCUGUAUCUAGUGCUGGAACAUGUAUCUGGUGGGGAGUUAUUUGACUACCUGGUAAAGAAAGGCAGAUUGACACCUAAAGAGGCUCGAAAGUUUUUCAAACAAAUUAUAUCUGCUCUGGACUUCUGUCACAGUCACUCUAUAUGCCACAGAGAUCUAAAGCCUGAAAACCUCUUGCUUGAUGAGAAGAAUAAUAUCAGGAUUGCUGACUUUGGCAUGGCCUCCCUACAGGUUGGGGACAGUCUGCUGGAGACCAGCUGUGGAUCACCCCAUUAUGCAUGUCCUGAGGUCAUCAGGGGAGAGAAAUACGAUGGACGUCGGGCAGAUGUAUGGAGCUGUGGGGUCAUUCUCUUUGCUCUGCUGGUGGGAGCGUUGCCCUUUGACCAUGAUAACCUGCGUCAGCUGUUGGAGAAGGUGAAGAGUGGGGUAUUUCACAUGCCUCACUUCAUUCCUCCGGACUGCCAGGCUCUCCUCCGUGGCAUGAUUGAGGUUAAACCUGAGAAACGCCUCACGUUGGAAGAAAUACAAAAGCACCCCUGGUAUCAAGGUGGCAGGAACGAGCCGUGUCCAGAGCAGCCAGCCCCGAGGCGUGUGUGUGUGAAGAGGAUUCUGUCUCUUACAGAUCUGGACCCUGAUGUUCUGGAGAGCAUGCACUCGCUGGGCUGCUUCAGAGACCGUGUCAAGCUCACCAGAGACCUGCAGUGUGAAGAAGAAAACCAGGAGAAGUUGAUCUACUAUCUUCUGUUGGACAGAAAGGAGCGCUACCCUAGUUAUGAAGAUGAACAUCUUCCACCCAGAAAUGAUGUUGAUCCUCCCCGUAAGCGGGUGGACUCCCCCAUGUUGACCCGUCAUGGGCGCUGUCGGCCGGAGAGAAAGAGUCUGGAGGUACUCAGUGUGACAGAUCAGGGCUCUCCAACACCUCCCCGCAGAGCACUGGAUACCUCUGCACAUAGCCAGAGGUCUCGGUCAGUUAGCGGAGCUUCAACAGGCCUCUCAUCCAGUCCCCUCAGCAGCCCUCGAAGCCCAGUUUUCACUUUCAGCCAAACUGAAGUCACCACUGCUUCCACCACCCAGUCCAAAGACCCCAAAGCAGGAAGUUCCACCACAGCCCGGGCAUCCCAACGUGUGGCUGACCAAAAAACCCAGACCCUACCCUCAAAAGCAGCCUCUGACCGUCCCCACCUGCAGUCUAUGAAGUCCCUCCCCCUGCAGAAUCCUCCGUCUCCUUCACCCUCCCCCUCUCCGCACCUGUCCCCCGUCCCUCGCUUCUUCUUCCCUACUCCUUCUGUCCUGAAGUCUGUCACUAAGACCAUCUAUCCUAACUCUCCCAAUGUGUCGCAGGUCACCCCACAGGGCUCCCCACUCCCCACCCCUCUGGGGACCCCUGUGCACCAUCCUCAGCACCCCCCUCCCACCCCGCCCUCCUCCUCCUCCUCUUCUUCCUCCUCACGAGCUGAAGGAGGUGGUGGUGUGGGCGGAGGUUCCAUGUCCCUAACCCCACCCUCCAGUCCUGGGGGAAGUGGUGGAAUGGCUGCCAGUAGUUCAGCCCACUGGAGGACACGCCUCAACUCCUUCAAGAACAACCUGCUGGGUUCGCCACGCUUCCACCGCCGAAGGCUACAGGUUCCUACGUCAGAAGAUAUGUCCAGUUUAACUCCAGAGUCCAGCCCAGAGCUGGCAAAGAAGUCUUGGUUUGGAAAUUUCAUCAGUCUGGAAAGGGAAGAGCAGAUAUUUGUGGUGAUCAGAGACAAGCCACUAAGCUCAAUCAAGGCUGACAUUGUCCAUGCCUUCCUAUCGAUUCCCUCCCUGAGUCACAGUGUCAUCUCUCAGACAAGUUUCCGUGCGGAGUACAAGUCCUCCGGAGGAACGUCUGUCUUCCAGAAGCCUGUCAAAUUUCAGGUUGACAUCGCCUUUUCUGAGGGAGAGAGAGAACGAGAGAGGGAAAAAGAGAGAGAAAGGGAGGGAAGGAGAGAGACUGGCAUCUACAGCGUCACCUUCACCCUGUUAUCAGGUCCUAGUCGCAGGUUUAAAAGAGUGGUAGAGACCAUUCAAGCUCAGCUUCUCAGUACACAUGACCAGCCCUCUGUGCAGGCGCUUGCAGAUGAGAAAAAUGGGCUUUCGUCUCGCCCACCCAGCACACCGACCCGUCAGAACUCUCGUCGCUCGGAGGGCGGAGGUGAUCGCGGUGAGCGAGCAGAGCGCAGCGAUCGAGGAGAAGGGAGCAGUAUUGGUGGUAGUGCGGGUGUACUACAAAGGAAGGGGUCUGGCAAGGAUAAAACUCGCCUCCUUUCCUCAAAUGGGACCCAGUCUCAGCCCUAAGUGAACUAAUCAGACAAGCUUUUGAGCGGGUGGGGACAAUCCCCGCUCUCAAUUCCCCCUAGACACGACUCCCUCAUAGUCCAUCUGCACAGUACACAACAACAGGUUUAUACUCGAUCUUGAUUUUAACAUUACUAGCGGAAACCCUGGGAUUCAACUGCAACAAUAGGAGAUUCAGGAGUCUAUCCACAUGGAAGUGUUCUUACAUGCAAAUAAUCGUCUGAUGAAAAAAAUUACCUUCUUAGGAACAAAGGAAGCAAGAUGUAUCGCUUAAUAUAAACCCUGGCUAUAAAUGAAUUCAUACAGUACAAACAAGGAGAUUUAUAUACCGAUGAACAUCCUGUGAUCUAAUGCCAACAAACUAUACAAGGAGGAACAAACACUAAUUGGGACAGGAAAGAAAAUGUGUCAGGUCUCUAAACGUAUCAUCAUCAUCAUCAUUAUCAUAAGCAAUGAUCCAUCAGAAAAUCACAAAGAGUUGUUUGAGGUAGAGAAAGCAAAUAUGUCGGGAAAAAGAGGGAAGUUCUUUGUUCUUAAUACCACUUGGAGCACAAAAAAAGGAUUUCUAGAACACCAUGUAAAGAAAAGAAUAGGGAUUUGUUAAAACGGGAAUCAAAAUUUUUAACCCAAGAUGCUAGUAGAGUCUUAUGUGACUAUACCUUUAUGAUUUGAGGACAGACGGUGCGUUUAGCGAGAUGUUAAGUUCUGAAGAUAUUGGCUAUGUUUAACACUGAUUGUUCAAGCUUGUGCUGUAGAUCCUGAACUCCUGAACAAGUAAUCAGUCAGUUUCAGAUAUGCAGCAGAGAGUGAAUUUCCUUUGACACAUUCACAUGGAGACUAAACAAGAGGAACGAAAUAGCCAGUCACUCCCUUGUGUCAUACAUAGAGACAGCGGGAAGACUCCGCUGUUUUCUCAUGUGACUCCUGGUAAAGCUUCCAUAAUAAGGGGUAGUCCAAAAAAAUUAUUUUUUUGGUUUCCACUUCGAUAUUUAUAUUAUAUUUUAGAGCUGAGAUGUGAAAUAUUUCCGACAACAAAAUGAAGUGAAUGUCAAACAUGUUAAAUUGUAAUUUAUUUAUUUAAAGAUAUUUAUUUAAUUUGAUUCAUAUUUUAUUUAUGUAUUUAUUUAUGUAUUUAUUUAUUUGGUUUGGAUUAGUGUUGGGUGUUGCUGGUAAAGUCAAAAUGAUUAGAGUAGAAAAUUAGAAAUUUUCAAAAUGGAAGAUAAUCUGCCUUCUUCUGUCUGUUCCCAAAUAUUUUAAAAACAAAGCCUAAGAUUACCCAUCUCAUUUUCAUUUCAUUUUAAAUAAAAAAGAAGCAAACUCACAAAGGGAUGAAAACUGGAGAAAAACUUUGAAAAUCAUCCAAGCAAUGAUUCUAUGCCUUGGAUGUCUCCCACGGGGAAAAUACUUCAGAACCUUCCUGGAUGUAUGACGUAAAGACUAAAGUGAACCUUAUGGAAGCAGUGGAACAAAACAGAGGGAAUAAGAAGAAGGCCUGCUGUGUUCACUCUUCCUCUUUGAGAAUGUUACCCAGACAAGAGCCCAAAGUUUCGGACUCGUGUGUACCGGGCCAGCCCUUUGUACAAAAUGCGAGCAGUAUUCUUUUUUCACACACACACACACACACACACACACACACACACACACACACACACACACACACACACACACACACACACACACACACACACACACACACACACACACACACACAGACACAAGAAGACUCUCCUUCUCAAAACUGACAAUAUGAAACAGAAUGAAUGAUAACUGGACAUUGAUACUGGAAUGCACUGUCCUAAAGAUAGAAUUGUAUUCAAACAAAUAGUUGUCCCUUUCCUCGGCCACCCAUGGGAAUCGGUGAAGUGCUCUCAUAAGUGCAGACUCAGGAUCAGUGGGGCUUUUUAGCUCAUUACAUUUGUGAAUGGGGGGAACCUGAUCCUGAAUAUCCACUUAAAAGCUCUUUCUCCAAUGAGCCUCUGCCCUUAAGCCCAGAAUCUGACCGUAAUGCUCAUCUCUCUCUCUUCCUCUCUCCAGUCCACUCUUUUCCUGAUGUAAGGAGCACUGAAUGCAAAGCAAGAUUUUGCUCUGGUCCUCCCUCUGUCACCAUCCCGCAGCUAUCACAUACACUCCUGCCCAAAAAAAGCAGUUCAGUUCAGUCAUCAAGCAGCUCUUGCAUCAUCCCGAAUUGGUUUUUCAAUAACACAUUGAAUAUAUUUCACUAGUCUUGAAUGUUUAGGAGCAUUGUUCAUUAGAUAUAAUACGGGGUACAUUCUUAUUUUAGUACACUCCAAAUGCCUUAAAUCCACAUGUACAAAACGUUUAGCACGUGUGCUCUCAAACAUGCCCGGUCACUCGCAGGGGCAGAGGAAACGCCAGAGCAAAACCCUGAAGACGUUCUAUAUUCAAUUCUGUUAGUUCUCAGGCAGGGUACGUCUGGGAGUGUGCAAAAACAGACUGUCUGGACACCAGCUCUGAGUGAAUGUGAAAUACACCCCACAUGCUUUCUCUGUGUUCAUGACACUCUCCUGCUCUACGUGUCCAUUCUCUCCUCCUUCUCCCUUUCACAUAAUGCACUGAAUGAUAUUCUGUUUUUGAUACUCGCCUCACACUUACAGCACACGUAUCACAUUUCAUAUGUAUCGUUAGUCUUCACUUAUUUACCAUACAUUAUAUACCUCAUCCUGCUCCUGCAUCCCAGUCAUAAAAUUAUACUUUAGACCAUCCCCUUCCCUCUUCUCUCAUUAUAUACAUACACCCUGCCUGCCCCCAAUGUAUGCUCCCCCUCCCUCAUCUCUGUUCAUUGUAAACAGAAAAUAUUACUCAUAUCUUCAUUCUUUAUUCAUUCUAUAUUCACCUGAUGAUUAGUGAUUAUCUCUGUCGUCAUUACUGAAUACUCCUCUUAAGAUUGUAAAGCUGUACUCUUUCUUCCCCGUUGCACACAGUAGGAACUUUUUUUCAUAAGAAAUGCAAGUCAUUAAAUUGGAGGGGAAAAUGGCAAGAAAAUAAAUGUCUUGUGUUAUAAUAAAAAAAAAGAAAGUGCACUAUUAUUAUUGCCUGUGAUAAAGAACAAUAAACAAUAAAAAAAAUAAAAA